ACAGAAAAUGAAAGAGUUUUACGUGCAGUUGAUGAGCAAUGCCAGUACGAACGAGUUUCCCGACAACAAGGCCAACAGUUUCAAGAAUCGUCUUCCUUACCCGCUCAUCAAGUACCCACACAUCAAUCGCAUUACUUUGACGAUGACGAUAUGUUUUGUCAUUUUGAGUGGACCAUUGAAACGUUUCUAAGGACAUCCGAUGGUUCGUGGGCUCCGGAGCGUUACCGUGUGCCAUUUCACGUCACCGGGAAGGAAUUUAACCAAGACAGAUACAAAGUGACGAGUGGCAGAUCUCUCAUGCAAUACCUCAUCAAUCGUUUUCACGAACGCUUGUAUCAUUAUAUGGAUCGAUCAGGUGAAAGUCUACGAGCUCCGGACGGGAAAAAAAACUACCCUGUGUUUAGAUGGGAGGGUAAUGAUUUGAUUUUGGACAACACCGACACGUUCCUCAACGAAUCCGGAGACAGAGAACGUCCCAGAGUGAUGUUUGGUCCUAAACUGGUCAAGACGAUGGGUUGGAUUAACGAGGAAUCGUAUUACUCUGUUCACAUGACUAUGAAUUUGAUUAAAAUGUUCCAAAACGACACCGUCCCAGCUGAUUUCAAGAACGACUGGAGCAACCAUGACGCCACUCGCACCCAUGACUUUUGGGAUUUGAGCAGCGCCGGGGUGUUACAGCUCAGUCCCUAUUGCAACUGGCGCUUCAGUUACCUGGACGAGGAAUACGCGAAGGUCUAUCAUGGAGUUAGCGUCGAUCCGGACGUCCCUCCUCCUCGUAGUCCCAUGUACUUGUAUUCGAAUGUAGGACGCAGCACGAUCACGGGGAAUCGAGUGACGGACCUAUUGGGAGAAGUACCACACGACCCUACCAAGACGACGUACGAACCUUCUCAGAUUCAAUGUAAACCUGUACCAGCAAUGUUUUAGAUAUAGUGGAGAUGCAAUUGGCCGAGAACGACGGACAACUGGUGGAUUUUGCCUCUGGAGUGACCUCUGUGACAUUGCACUUUAAGUAUGAAUGAGUCUCCCGUGGAAUUUUACGUGCAGUGGAUGAGCAAUGCCAGUACGAACGAGUUUCCCGACAACAAGGCCAACAGUUUCAAGAAUCGUUUGCCUUACCCGCUACAGUUGAGAGAAUCUGGAUGGAAAGUGGGUAUCAGCGACAUCUCUUUUCCGUCCGCUGUUCGUAAAAUGGACUUGAAAGAUCCUCUGUUUCAAAUCUGGUGGAUCGAGUUGAUAGACCCAAAACUCAACCUCCACUCGCAAGAAAUGGUCAAUAUCAAAGAAGGGGAUUUGGA